CUGUCUGCCUCAGCUGUUCUCAGUUGCACUGUGUGCUUUGUGCUGUGGGGACAGGGCAGAGCUGCGCUGAGUGGGGCUGAACUAGUUUAGAGGAGUCUUAGGUAGAGUGGCAGACAGGAUCACAGUGGACAGGAAAAGAGAAAGCCACUAAAGAGUAUGAUUAUAGAGAGGACAGGCUUAACAGUUGAAACAAAGUGGAACUGUUUUUCUUAUUUUUAGCUAAAGGUAGAUGUAGAGGUAGAUAAUGCAGAUGGCUGUUUUCACUGGGUUACAUACUGGUCAGGUACCAGGGCAGAAAAGUAUGGCAGUCAUACCUGCUUGCUCUUCCUAGCAUUUAGUGUGUGCCUACUUUGGUUAACUUUAGCACUGACUUAUCGGUGUGGGAAGCUCACUUGCAGUAACACUGACCCAUAACCCCCAACUCUGCUUUGCAGGUUCUGAGCUGGACUCUAAUUUUGUCUUUUGACCCCUGGAAUAGGAAAGGGUUUUGGAUCUGGCAGUGAACGAGACCUGCCGUGAACCAGCCUGGACUGACCCGUCAGCAUUUUUUCACAAUUAUUGGAAAACAAAUUUUUUCUUCUUCUUACCAGAACUUAAACCAGAUCUGAGACUUUCGGCACUGGAGUUUGGUAUUUAAAGGACUCUCUGGCCCCUAUAGCCCCAGGAUCAUGGGCUUUUUCUGGGGCAGCAUUAUGCUGCUGUGUGGGGUGGCUUUGCUCAAUACCGGGGGCAGCGGAGCCCAGCAGACCAAGAACAACGUCCCCCGGCUAAAACUCUCCUAUAAAGACAUGUUGGAGUCUAACAACCUUGUGACAUUUGAAGGCCUGCCCAACAGUUCGGCUUACCACACCUUCCUGUUGGAUGAGGAGAAAGGAAGACUAGUAGUUGGAGCCAAGGACCACAUCUUCUCUUUUAAUCUUCUCAAUAUCAGCAAAGAGUUUGCACAGAUCCCUUGGCCAGCUUCUUCCACCCGAAGAGAUGAAUGCAAGUGGGCAGGAAAAGAUCUCUCGAGAGAAUGCUCAAAUUUUGUGAAGGUGCUGCAGCCAUUCAACCAGACCCAUCUCUAUGUGUGUGGGACAGGAGCCUUCCACCCUGUGUGCUCCUACCUGGAUGUGGGCAAGAAAUCAGAGGACAGUGUUUUCAGACUUGAGCCCCACGUGGAAAAUGGCCGUGGGAAGAGUCCCUAUGAUCCCAAGCUGCUCACUGCAUCCAUGCUAAUUGAUGGAGAACUGUAUGCAGGAACAUCAGCUGAUUUCAUGGGGCGGGACUUUGCCAUCUUUCGCACUCUUGGAAAGCAUCACCCAAUCAGAACAGAGCAGCAUGACUCCCGAUGGUUAAAUGAUCCUAGGUUUUUAGGAAUUCAUCUUAUUUCAGAGAGCGACAACCCAGAAGAUGACAAAAUCUACCUGUUCUUCAGAGAAAACGCUAUAGACGGAGAGCAUACUGGAAAGGCCACGCAUGCUCGUGUCGGACAGCUCUGCAAAAAUGACCUGGGAGGUCACAGGAGUCUGGUAAAUAAAUGGACAACCUUCUUGAAAGCUCGACUUAUUUGCUCUGUGCCCGGGAAUAAUGGAAUAGACACACACUUUGAUGAAUUACAGGAUGUUUUUCUCAUGAGCACAAAAGAUCCCAAGAGCCCAGUUGUAUAUGCAGUAUUCACUACUUCCAGCAACAUCUUCAAGGGUUCAGCUGUGUGUAUGUACAGCAUGACAGACAUCAGAAGAGUGUUCCUGGGUCCGUACGCCCACAGAGAUGGGCCCAGCUAUCAGUGGGUGCCCUUCCAGGGACGUGUUCCCUAUCCACGGCCUGGCACAUGUCCAAGCAAGACAUUUGGUGGAUUUGACACAACAAAGGACCUCCCCGAUGAAGUUGUGCAGUUUGCCAGAAGCCAUCCAGCUAUGUUCAACCCUGUCUACCCCAUUAAUAAUCGACCAAUCAUAGUCAAAACAGAUGUGGACUACCAGUUCACCCAGAUAGUGGUGGACAAAGUCGAGGCAGAAGAUGGCCUUUACGAUGUUAUGUUCAUAGGCACAGACAUGGGAACAAUUCUGAAAGUGGUAUCCAUCCCCAGAGGUUCCUGGCAUGACUUAGAGGAAGUCCUAUUAGAAGAAAUGACUGUUUUCAGAGAGCCUGCAGCCAUUACAGCUAUGGAACUAUCUACAAAACAGCAACAACUCUACCUGGGUUCAGACAUCGGUGUCUCGCAGAUGCCUCUGCAUCGUUGUGAGGUUUAUGGGAAGGCUUGUGCUGAAUGCUGCUUGGCAAGAGACCCUUAUUGUGCAUGGGAUGGCACAGAGUGCUCCAGAUACUUUCCCAUGGCUAAGAGGAGAACAAGGAGGCAAGAUAUCAGGAAUGGAGACCCACUCACACAGUGCUCAGAUCUGCAACACCAUGAUGAAUUAAGUGGACAGUCAACCCUCCAGGAUAAAACUGUGUACGGUGUGGAGAACAGCAGCACUUUCCUGGAGUGUAGUCCAAAGUCCCAGAGAGCUACGACAUACUGGCAGUAUCAAUCCACAACGGAUGACCACAAACAAGAGAUUAAUUCAGAGGAGCGCUUUAUCCACACCGAGCAGGGCCUCCUGAUUCGCACACUUAACAAGAAGGAUUCAGGCAUUUAUCUGUGCCAGGCAGUGGAACACGGCUUCAUGCAGACAGUUCUAAAAGUUAACUUAGAGGUCAUUGACACAGAGCGUCUGGAAGAUCUUCUGCAUCGCGAUGAAGAAGCAGCCAGUGCCCCUGCCCAUGAAUUUUCCUCUUCUAGAGAAACUCCCAAUCAAAAGCUGUGGUACAGGGACUUCCUCUCUUUGGUCAAUCACCCAACUCUAAAUAGUGUGGACGAGUUCUGCGAGCAAGUUUGGAAACGGGAGAGGAAGCACAAGAGGCAAAAAUCUCACUUGGUACAGAAAGUGCAAUUACAUCAGCAACAGCAGCAGAAGACUGCCAUGAGUCCUCGCAACCACAUGCAUGCUCAAGGGCUGGCAGCCAAGUGGAAACACCUGCAAGAGAGGCAAAAGGGUCGCAACCGCAGGACCCAUGAACUGGAGAGGGCUCCCCGCAGUGUGUGACUUACAAACCUUGACUGUUAGCACAGACUUUUAACCACACUCAGUUCUCAUUCAGUAAACUCAUCCUGUUUUUAUCCUCUAUUCUGAGACACAGAUUUCUUCCACAAAGAAUGGAACAAGAAAAGUUAAACCUCAAAAAGUAGAUGCUACCCUGAAGUGCCAGCUGGAGUGUUCUGUGCGUGGGAAGCCAUGUUUACAGUUCACCAGUAUGGAGGACUGCAGGAAUCAGGAUGUUGUAUCACGCAAGACCAUUGGAGCAUGUUAUCUUAGUUGGCUCAUGCGGUCUGAAUACUGCAGAGUGACAUAUCCACCUUAAAGACUCUUGUGGAGGUGGAUCUGACAGUGGCAGUUACAUGGUAUGCUUUUAAGUGUCAGUGCAGAUAAACCCCCGAUAAUUUCUGCUACAGAAACAUGAAGCAAAAGUAGCUGAGAUUAUACGAAUAAGGUCUUGAGAAUUAAAAGACUCAUCGUCAACAACAAAAACAUGAAGCUCAUCAAAAGGACACGAUGCCCGAUCACUGCAAGAAAUCCAGAGGAGCAUUUAUCAUUCAUUUAAAAAAAAGAAACUAAUUAAGUAACUAAAAUGUGUAAAUACUGUAUUCUGUAACAUCUGCUCAUCUGAAAGGGAAUGCUUGUAGUUAUCAAGUUGCUUCAUGUUGCUUUCCCGUGUAGAAAUUUAUUUUUAAAAAAAUAUCUGUCAAAAGCUGUUGUAAACAAGGAGGUUUUGUACGUGUCUGUGUCCUACCCCUAGAUAAGCUUCCAAAACAAAGACUUGUUCUGUUUGUUUGUAGUUAUCAGAUUCCUUCUAGCCUCAACAUUUAAAGUUAAGUGUCAGUUCACAGUAUAUGGAUGGCUGCUAACUCUAUCGUUUCAGUAUGCCAAAUCUCAUUCUGCGUUCUUCCAUAUUUAUUUAAUUAUACCUUGUAUACACUUUGUCUCCUUUACUUGUGUAUUUAUUGAUAAACAGUUCUGUACAUUGUGUGUUUCCCUUUUUUCAUGCGCAGGAGACUUCUUGGAGGUUAAUAUUUGGUUUGAUUAAGUUGAUUUGCAGGACCAAUCUAAUCAAAUAACUGUAUUGUCUGCAGUAGGACUGGAAGUACAGUAUCACAAGUUUGGUUCAGUGUCAAAUGCAUUACAUAUCAAAUGUACUGAGCAAUAAGCCAGUAUCUAUAUAUAUUUUUUUUUUUUUUGCAUUUUAUUGACUCAUAUCCAUAUUCUUCACAGAUCGGUGUAACAGCUUAACAGUUUUUUUUUCUGAAUAUGAUGAAUAUCCACGCAAACACAAACCUGGAAUGUAGCUGUGAACACCAUGUAAAUAUAAAUACUAUGGUAUAUGUUUGAGAAAUAUGACAGUAUGUGCUAGUGCAUGUCAGUGCUAUUGUAGUGUUGCUGUUUUACUAUGGCAAUGAUAACCACUCUGAUGUUGUAGAGUUCAAUUGUUUGCUAUUCUAGUGGACAGUAGUUAUUAUUUGAAAGCUGUACAUACUAUUUCUGUUAGGACUCUAAAUUGUAUACUUGAUAUAAAACAAGAACUAAACAUAAUCUCUAUGGAUUGAAAUGCCCACAGACCAGUGAACAACAGUAACCAGUUCAACUCUGCAGCACAUUAGUAUGCCAGAUAACAUUGUGUGUUUGUGAGCUUCAUCUGCUUUUGGAAGCCAAGACAGAGGAAGAUGAGAAACAGCUGGGGCCAGCCUCAAGAGAUUUGAGGCUCACAAAUCAAGUUAAACACCAGUUGUGAAUGUGCAUAUAUGAUAAGAUCAUGAUUAUGAAGAGAAAAUGUGGGGGACCUGUAGUGCACAUGGAGUGGCUCUGAGGAAAUGAAGUGCUGCUCUUGCUGCUUUUUGGCAUGAUGAUGGUGAUGGUGAUGUAUUCUACUGAUCUAAUAAAUGUCUUUUCAUAAAGUGCUAGCUUCAUUAAAUCUGUUUUAAUAUGCUAUGCCCUGCUGCUUGCAUGGUAUACAGUGAGCUCAUGUAGUGUAGAUGAUCAGAUUAGAUCUUGAAAUACCUUUUUGGUGCAUCUGCAUAGUAAUGAGGAAAACUUAUAUUCGCUCAUGUAACGUAUCCUUAAUAUUGGGAUUCAUUUAAUGGUGUACUUGUCUUUUCUCUGUGCAGACACGAACUGCUGUACGGUACAUACAAAACUGACUAAUUAAUGAUUUAUAGCUGAAGCAAUUAACAUAAGAGAUAUUAAAAAUCAAUGUUGCUUAAAAAGACAGCCCAAGUGCCUCUUAUGGUGUGUAUUGAAAAAGUGAAGCUGUGUACUCUUGUGUGCCUCAGGCAGUAGAGGAGUUACUGUAAGUUGAUAUUAAAACCUUGAUGGGUGAUGUGCUGUGAAUAAAACAUUAGAUCCCUACA